AUGCCAGUGAAGAUGUUUUUCAAAGGGCUGCUGCUGGUGGUAAUAAUGAUGCUACCUUUGCAAUCUAAUGCAAAGGCAUGUGGCUUUGUAGUGUAUCAAAACAACAAGCUUUUCCAAUCAAAAACUUUUACAGCUAAAUCACAUUUUAGUCAAAAAAUUAUCUCAAGCCAAACUGAUGAAAAUGUGGAAGAUCAGAGCACUUCUGUUGAAAUGGUCUUUAGUCCAAGGUACAAUGAAAAAGAAUUACAGCUUCAUUCCUAUGCCUGUGUCUAUUGGAAUUUUUCCCUGAAGGAUUGGGACACACAUGGCUGUCACAAAGAAGGAGUCAUUGAUGGAUUCUUGCGCUGCCGCUGCAACCAUACUACUAACUUUGCGGUAUUGAUGAGUUUCAAAAAGGAAUAUAAAUAUCCUGAAUCACUAGAUGUAUUUUCCACAUUUGGAUGUACACUGUCCAUUGCUGGUCUGGUUCUCACAAUUAUAUUUCAGGUCAGCACCAGGAAAGUCAGAAAAACCUCAGUAACCUGAGUAUUGGUCAAUCUGUGCACAUAAAUGUUGAUUUUCAACCUCCUCUUUGUGUUUGGAAUCGAAAACUCCAAUAAGAACUUAAAGACAAGUCAUAGUGACACUGAUAAUACUGACUUGAGUAAUAAUGAAAUGUCCAGACAAGACACUGUUGUCAUCUUGUAUCCCACGUGCACUGCGAUUGCUAUCUUGCUGCACUAUUUUGUGUUAGUGACAUUUACCUGGAUGGGACUCAGUGCUACCCAACUCUAUUUCCUUCUUAUUAGGACCAUGAAGCCUCUUCCUCAGCAUUUCAUUCUUUUCAUCUCUUUAAUUGGAUGGGGUAAAGUCCCGGCUAUAGUGGUAGCUGUGACAGUGGGAAUUAUUUAUUCUCAGAAUGGGAAUAAUUCACAGUGGGAGUUAGACUACCGGCGAGAGGAAAUCUGCUGGCUGGCAACUCAAGAAAGCAGUGGUUUGAUAACAAGUCCAUUGUUGUGGUCAUUCAUCAUACCUGUGACCAUUAUCCUCAUCAGCAAUGUUGUUAUAUUUAUUGUCAUUGUAGUCAAAGUGCUGUGGAAGAAUAAUCAGAAUCUGAAGAGCACAAAGAAGGUUUCAAUCCUAAAGAAGUUUCUUAGCACGUUAUCUGUUGCAGUCGUUUUUGGAGUUACCUGGAUUCUGGCAUACUUAAUGCUAAUUGAUAAUGAUGGCAUCAGGGUCACCUUCAGCUACUUAUUCUGCCUUUUCAACACUACUCAGGGAUUGCAAAUUUUUAUCCUCCACAUUGUCAGCACAAAAAUCUUUCAGAGUAAAGCUUCCGAAGUGUUGAAGUCAUUGUCGUUAACUGCUGGGAGAGUGAAAGCGCUGCCAUCAAUGACCCCACUGAGGCUGCGUGUAAGGAUGUAUAACAUGCUCAGGUCAUUACCAGCCCUAAAUGAACGCUUUUGGCUGCUGGAGCCAUCUAUACUUACCAAGGAAAUGGCAUCGUCUGAAAGUGACCAAGAAAACCCAGGCAUCUAGACAGUAAAACUGUUACCUUUUGUGGUCCUCUU